ACUGAAUGAAAACAACGUUCCUAGAGCACCAUUUGAAACUUCUGUCAGUGUUUUGGCUUCCCCUUUCGCGAUGUGGGAGCCGCUCCCAAAACCUCUGGCUCUUACCUCCACUGAUAUCCCGCUAGAUUUGACCAGGAAUAGCGAAUUUUACACCAGACACAAAGACGACCCCUGGGAUGCAACGCCAAUGACCCCACCUUACGCAGAGGACGAGGAAAGCGAAUAUUUUCCGAACCCAUUCUACCCUGUGACGAGUGAAACAUAUGGAGCAUACGCAAUUACUUGCGUAUCUAUCGUCAUAUUUUUAGUAGGAGUGACUGGGAAUAUAGCGAUAAUGUGCAUCGUAUGCCACAACUACUACAUGAGGAGCAUCUCUAACUCUCUAUUGGCUAACUUAGCUGUGUGGGAUUUUGCCGUUCUUCUGCUCUGUUUACCUCUUGUGGUAUUUCAUGAGUUGACCAAGACCUGGGUACUGGGGCAGUUCACCUGUAGGGUCAUACCAUAUAUUGAGGUUGCAUCAUUGGGGGUCACAACUUUCACUCUCUGUGCAUUGUGCAUUGACCGUUUCCGGGCUGCUACCAACGUCCAGAUGUACUAUGAAAUGAUUGAGAACUGUACCUCCACGACGGCAAAGCUAGCGGUCAUCUGGAUCGGUGCUCUGCUCCUAGCCCUACCUGAACUGCUGAUACGGCAGUUGGUAAGCGAGAACGGAGGCUCACCGGAGUCUCCUCCACCCGAACGCUGUUUGAUCCGUAUUUCCACCUCCCUCCCAGACAAACUGUAUGUGCUUGGCCUGACCUACAACAGUGCUCGGCUCUGGUGGUGCUUCGGCUGUUACUUCUGCCUGCCUACCCUGUUUACCAUUGGCAGCUCCUUGGUGACGGCACGCAAGAUCCGGAGGGCCGAGCAGGCCUGUGUCCGUGGCAACAAGAAGCAGAUCCGGUUGGAGAGCCAAAUGAACUGCACCGUGGUGGCUCUGGCCAUUGUUUACGGUGCUUGCGUGGUGCCAGAAAACAUCUGUAACAUGGUGUCAGCGUAUAUGGCAGCUGGAGUUCCAGAGAGUACCAUGGCCCUUCUGCACCUGCUCAGUCAGUUACUGUUGUUCCUUCGAGCAGCUGUGACACCAAUUCUGUUGCUGUGUUUAUGUCGACCAUUUGGACGAGCGUUCCUGGACUCACGCUCCUCUGCCACCACCAGUGAUGAUAACGAACACGAAUGCACCACUGAGCUGGAGUUGUCCCCGUUCAGCACCAUCCGCAGAGAGAUGUCCAACUACACUGCAGCUGGAUCUCACUGCUGAGAUUGUGUGUGUGUGUGUGUGUGUGUGUGUGUGUGUGUGUGUGUAGUGUUUCGUGCCAACAACUUCACACACUGUACUAUAUAUGCACAUUCUUCUACUUACUUCUGUAUAUACUAUCACCACACACCUCAAUGUGUUAUUCUGUUUAAGGAAAGCAGUGUACACAAAAGUCUGUAAUUAUGUUUUUGUACUACUGUGUUUAAUACUGUAUACUGAACCAGUGAUUGUGUUUGAUUCUGCAGUGUUUGCACUGUCGACGGUUUUAGUUUUGUUCUUCACUCUUUCAUACUGUUCUUAUAUUUACAGUCAAAUGAAGUGUCUCUGCAUCUUACAGAAAGUGAUAUUUGUAUAUGGAUGUGUGUUUGGUGGUGUGAAACCUCUCUUGAUGAAGGAGAUUCUUGUGAAUCAGUCUUAAUGUAUGUUGCUCUAUCAUGUGGGAAUCUUUAUUCACUCUGAUGAAGUCUGUGUGUAUUUGAUAGCAAAAAAGUGUAU